AUGAAAUUACUACACGACAUUUGGAUUAUCCACUGGCUUCUCUCUGCCUUCUCUCUGUCUUCUCUUUGCCUUCUCUCUGCCUUCUUUCUGUCUUCUCUCUGCUUUCUCUCUGUCUUCUUUCUGUCUUCUCUUUGCCUUCUCUCUGAUUUCUCUCUGCCUUCUCUAUGUCUUCUCUUUGCCUUCUCUCUGCUUUCUCUCUUGUCUUUUCUCUGCUUUCUCUCUGUCUUCUUUCUAUCUUCUCUUUGCCUUCUCUCUGAUUUCUCUCUGCCUUCUCUAUGUCUUCUCUUUGCCUUCUCUCUGUCUUCUCUCUGCUUUCUCUCUGUCUUCUCUCUGCCUUCUCUAUGUCUUCUUUCUGCCUUCUCUCUGUCUUCUAUUUGCCUACUCUCUCUGUCUUCUCUCUGCCUUCUCUAUGUCUUCUUUCUGCCUUCUCUCUGUCUUCUCUCUGCUUUCUCUCUGUCUUCUUUCUGUCUUCUCUUUGCCUUCUCUCUGCCUUCUCUCUGUUUUCUCUUUGCCUUCUCUCUGUCUUCUCAUUGCCUUUUCUCUGCCUUCUCUCUGCCUUCUUUCUGUCUUCUCUUUGCCUUCUCUCUGUCUUCUCUCUGCCUUCUCUCUGUCUUCUCUUUGCCUUCUCUCUGUCUUCUCUCUGCUUUCUCUCUGUCUUCUUUCUGUCUUCUCUUUGCCUUCUCUCUGCCUUCUCUAUGUCUUCUCAUUGCCUUUUCUCUGUCUUCUCUCUGUCUUCUCUCUGCCUUCUAUAUGUCUUCUUUCUGCCUUCUCUCUGCCUUCUCUCUGCCUUCUCUAUGUCUUCUUUCUGCCUUCUCUCUGCCUUCUCUAUGUCUUCUUUCUGCCUUCUCUCUGCCUUCUCUCUGUCUUCUCUCUGCCUUCUUUCUGUUAUCUCUCUGUCUUCUCUCUGCCUUCUCUGCUUUCUUUCUGUUUUCUCUCUGUUUUCUCUUUGCCUUCUCUCUGUUUUCUCUUUGCCUUCUCUCUGUCUUCUCUCUGCCUUCUCUCUGUCUUCUUUCUGUCUCUUGUUCACUUGAGCACAUAUUUCUUGACAUAUAA